CAGAUGCCCAUCUCAGGUGUCAACGCAACCAUAAAUGUUUCCAACACGUGAAAUGGAGAUAUUUGCUGUAUUGCAGUUUUCAGUGUUUAUUUUGUGUUAAGUUAAUUUAAAAACGAUUAUAAAUACAGUUUUCGAGUUUGAUAUACAUCAAGUGCAUUUUUAAACAUUUUAAACAUUUAUGUUCUUAACACAACCAAUCGCUAGAGCAAAGUUUACAAACUAAAGCUAAAUAUAGUCACGAUACGCUAGCGAAGGUUACGCAAGAAUCGAUUUUUAGGAAAAAUUUCCUUGAAGAUUGGAUUUACUGUAUCUAACAUGGACGAAAAUACUCUUGAUCUGCACGGGGAUGAAGAAAUAGUUGAAGUUAUCGACUUAAACGAGACGGAGCAAACUCCAGAUGAUUUGGCAGGUGAAUUUGAAGAUGUAGAUUUCGACGAAGCCGAGGGUGGAGAAGAAGACAACAAUGGAUGGGAGACCGAGGAUGAGGCUAUGGAGGCAGAACAAGAUGACAGCGAGCUCACCUUCUCCAAACACACUGGCUCCGUUUUCUGUGUGAGCUUGGAUCCAGCGACAAACAGUUUAGCAGUGACAGGUGGUGAGGAUGACAAAGCAUAUGUUUGGAAAGUCAACGAUGGAGAGGUGGUCUUUGAGUGCACAGGUCACAAAGACUCUGUCACUUGUGCUCUGUUCAGUCAUGACUCAACGUUGGUGGCUACUGGGGACAUGAGUGGUCUGAUCAAAGUGUGGAAGUUGGAAACUAAAGAGGAGAUCUGGUCUUUUGAAGUGGGAGACCUGGAGUGGAUGGAGUGGCACCCCUGUGCCCCCGUGCUGCUCGCAGGCACUGCGGAUGGUAGCGUGUGGAUGUGGAAGAUCCCUGCCGGGGACUGCAAGACAUUCCAAGGACCAGGAUGCCAGGCAACCUGUGGGAAGAUCUUGUCAGAUGGAAAGAGAGCUGUGGUCGGUUAUGAAGAUGGAAUUGUCCGAAUUUGGGACCUCAAACAGGGCAGCGCCACCCAUGUCAUUAAAGGUCAGGAUGGUCACCAGGGGGCGCUGACCUGCAUAGCGUGCAGCAAAGAUGGAAGUCUUGUUCUGACAGGUUCUGUUGACAGCAAGACCAAGCUCAUUAACACUGCAAAUGGAAAGGUCGUGGGCACCUUCUCCAUCGAGGACGCCCGGGCGAAGGGCUCGGCAGACGAGGGGGCGGAAUCCAACUCUGUGGAAUCAGUGGGCUUCUGUAACGUGCUCCCUCUGAUCGCGGCGGCCUACUUGGACGGGACUCUGGCCAUCUAUGACCUGUCCACGCAGAACCUGAGGCACAUGUGCCAACAUGAGGCUGGCAUCGUCCACCUGCAGUGGGAGGAUGGUUCCUCUAUGGUGUCCACCUGCAGUCUGGAUGGAGCGGUCAGGGUGUGGGACGCCCGUACUGGGACCCUGGUGUCUGAGUACCGGGGCCACACCGCUGAGAUACUGGACUUCACCUUGAACAGGGAGGCGUCCCUCGCAGUCACUGCAUCCGGUGAUCACCAGGCAAAAGUCUUCUGCCUGCAGAGACCGGAUCGGUAGGGGAGGGGAACGCCUUGGUGGUCAGACGGUGGAUCUGUGUGGCGACCACCAGCUAGAGAGCUGUCAUCAUCCACCCCCUCCCCCAGCAUCUAUCCAUCCUUUAUUUUACCCUCCACUUUGCAGGGGCACUUGUGAUUGGUAGUUAAAAGUUGGCCGUCUGUUUCAGUUUGACCAAAAAUCUGCCUGAUUAAAAUGACAGAACAGCAGUCCAGUACUAACAGGAAGCGAACAGAGAGGUGUGGACCUGACGAGGGUUCUGAUGGAUCUUUUGCGGUGGGCAGAGGGUCGAAUAGCUCCUGUUUGCAGGCCCUCCAUGCCUGUCCUCACAUUUGCAAUGACUUGUUUAAUAGGAGAAGAGUAAAAAUCAGUGACCCUGCCAACAGCCUGCCUGUGUAACAGUGAACACAGCUGCUAUUUUUAGUCUUAUACGUUUCCUGGGUUUUCUCUGUACACCUCAAUUCUGUAAAUAGGUCUGUACCCUGAAACGCGAUUAUUAAAGAGCUGAAACCUU